UGAUGGUCGGACUUCAGGGAAGAUUGUCGACAGAAGAAAACGGCUUUAGCACUUCAUAAGAAAAAGGAAAGGGAAAGGAUGCUGCAUUGAGGUCCAGUGAAACAAAUCUCUAACAUAAGACUGAGUUAAGUAGCUGGUAGAGAUGACUCAAACGCUCCUGACAGAUUCACAGGACACAAGAAGAUCGUGUCAGUCAGUGUUCAUCAGAUGGGACAAAGAAGAACAAGAGGAGAGGAGGUGACACAUGCUGGCUGUUUUGUCACAACAGAACAUGUGUGAUUGUGUCUGAAGAAUUAGGAUUUCAUAAGUGACCAAAGGAGGACAUGAUCCUGGAUCCACUGCAUGAACUCCAGGAAUAGUUUCAUCUCAGGAAAGCAAGUGGAAAAACCUUCAGUCUGACUUUAAGUCUCUCCUCUCCACAAUGACCAGUCGAGUAAACUGUUUCCAGGGACAAAGCUUUCACAAGCUGAGGCGGGACUGCUUGCGUCGAGGUGCCCUCUUCAAAGAUCCCCUGUUCCCCACAACUGCCCAGUCCCUCUUCUACAAGAGGGAGACCCCGCCGGGACUGACCUGGAAGAGGCCGAGCGAGAUAUGUAAGGACCCCCGUCUGUUUGUUGAUGGCAUCAGCACUCGUGACUUGCACCAAGGCAGUCUGGGUAACUGCUGGAUGGUGGCUGCUAUUUCCUGCUUAGCAUCUCAGCCGUCUCUGUGGAAGAAGGUGAUCCCCAACCAUGUGGACCAGGAGUGGAAUCCAAAGCAUCCUGACCUGUACGCAGGUAUCUUCCAUUUCCGGUUCUGGCGUCUUGGUCGUUGGAUGGACGUUGUUGUGGACGACCGUCUGCCGGUCAGCAGUGAUGGGGUGCUGCUCUUCUGCCGCUCAGCCACGCCACGAGAGUUUUGGAGCGCCCUGCUGGAGAAGGCCUAUGCCAAGCUGAACGGCUGCUAUGAGGCCCUGGAGGGAGGAAACACUGCAGAGGCACUGAUCGACUUCACUGGUGGGGUUUCGGAGCCCCUCAGCCUGGAUCAUGAGGCCCUCAGCCUGCACAGCGACCAGAGGAGGGCGUUCUUCCAGACGCUGGCCAGUGCCCACGAACGCAAAGCCCUCAUCACCUGCUCCAUACGACCAGCAGAGGGGGAGACAGUGGAGUCAGUGUUGGACUGUGGUCUGGUGCGAGGACACGCCUACGGGAUCACAGCAGUGAGGAAGUUGAGGCUAGGGGAGAAGCUGCAGAAGACCGGUGGAAUGUCCCGACUCCUCAUGGUGCGCAUGAGGAACCCGUGGGGGACCACAGACUGGACGGGAGCCUGGAGUCAGGGGUCACAGCAGUGGCAGCAGAUGGGUCGUGCAGUGAGGGAGAAGAUGGGCCUCAUUGUUCGAGAUGUCGGGGAGUUCUGGAUGGAUUUCGAGGAUUUCUGUCACUACUUCACAGAUGUGGUGGUGUGCCGGCUGGUGGAAAAGGCUCUGCUGUGGCCGAGUUCUCACUGGAGGGAAGUGCGCUGCUAUGGGGAGUGGGCUCCGGCUCCGGCUUCCCUGGGAAAACCCCCAUCUACUAUUGUCCACGGCAACCACGCGCUGAGCUUGGGGAAGAACAACGGAAAACCCGGAGGGACCAAGCAGCGGGGUAACCGGAAGGAGGCCAGACUUGGGGAGAGUCUGCAGAAAGGAAGGAAAGGAGGAAGAAGUGAGCGAGAUAAGACUGUGAAAAAAGCGACAAAGGAAGACAAUGGUGGAGAGGUGGGAGGAUGGGAGGCACAGAUGGAUAAGAGGAGUCGUUGUGGAGGAUGCAUCAACCACAGAGACACUUUCCUGCACAAUCCUCAGUUCAUGUUUGAGGUUAGAGGCAAAGAGGAGGAGGUGCUGAUCUGUCUGCAGCAGGAGGACAGAAGGAUACUAAGGAAAGAUGGAGGCGGAGAAAACCUGCCUAUUGGCUUUGAGGUGCUGAAGGUGGAGGUGAACCGCUGCAGCCGGGUGCAGUGUGUGGUGGAGCAGGCGGCCAGCUCUGUGUACAUGGACUCCCGCAGUGUGACACUCAGGGGGACCCUGGCUCCAGGUCGCUACGUCGUGCUGCCCACCACCUUCCUGCCAGGCGCCACGGGACGCUUCCUUCUACGUCUCUUUUCCCAUUCUCACAUCCAACUCAGGGAAUUGAGGGAGGAUUUGCCGUCUCCCUCUGUGUUUCAGUGUUUUCUACCUCAGCCCACUGUGGUGACCACAGUCCAUCUCCGCAGGGCGUCUGGACUCAGCUCUCCCAAACACACAGCUCCAGAUGUUUACGCCGUAGUGCGCUGUGAGAGUGACACCAUAAGGACGCAGGUUUUCAAGGCGGAGGGGAACCCUGAGUUCAACCUCAGGACCCUCUUCUACAGGAGAUACCCCAGCACUCAUAUCUCUAUUGAGUUAUGGAGUCGAGGUCUUCUGUGGGAUUCGGUGCUCGGCGGGGCUCAAUUCCAGACGGUGGAGUCUGAGAGGAACCGGAGUCAUGUGAUUGAUCUACGAGGUGGCUGCUCCUCCUCAGGAUACCGGAGGUGCAUCUACGUUGAGACGUCCUCCAGUGUCUGCCUCACAGACUUGUGACAGCGUCCUCUUGUUGACGUUAUAACUACAUCAAGCAUGGCAAAGGAGGCACUCUCAGGUGGAAGAUGAAACAGUAGUUUUUAAACCUCCUGUGUUUGACAGUUCCUAAAAACAUAAACGGCAAAGGUGCUGUAGUUGCAUUACAAAUUGUUUUUCAAAUAGGAUUAAGAUUUCCAUGUUACCUUUACCUUCUCAGAAGAUAUCACAGUGUACAGUGUUACAAAAAUAUUAUUAUUGAAAUGACCCUUAAAGAAAUGAAAACAGAUAGGGUGUUUGGUUGAACAAGGGCUUUAUUAAAAUUCACAAACUAUUAUGUCCUGACAAAACUUGAAUCAUUUUUAUUUCAAUUGAAGGAGAUGUAAAAAAAGUCCUUUAUUAAAAAUGAAUGCAGUGUUGAGAUUCUCCACGCAGUUGCAUUUUUUUUCAAUACCAUAGAUAAGCAAAUUCCCGUCUGUUUUCCUACUGUGAAACCACUGCAACCAUAAUAUAUACUACAUUUGAGAAAAUAUUUUCCCAGCAAAGUGACAGUUAGGAUUAGUGAGGUAAUCUGCAGACAGAUAUGCAGGUUG